AUGCUAGCUGUAACCCGACGGGCGCUUCUGUCAGUGCUCCCCAUCGCGCGACGAAGACCACUUCCGAACCUCCCCCCACGACACCUCCGAAGCACAACAAGAUGCUUCCAUGGCACCCCAAGAGCCCUCCAAACCGACCCGAAUGAUCCGCACAAGCCCAACGCUACUCCCACAGAUUUCUUCACAAAGAAGACCGAUAUUCAGACCGAUUCGCCCCCGAGAGAAAGCAAGGGGAGUGGAGCCUCGCCAACGGAUGGAGAACCUGCAGAGUCUACGAUAAAGCCAGAGACGGAAGACCUUCUCUCCAAUGGUGGUGACGAGAACCCAGCAGACCGGCCUCAACGAUCGCGGGGUCGGCCAUCGGGUUCAAAGUCGAGGGGAGGACGGUUGAUACCAAAGACGAUCCCGGCAAUGCCGAAACCUGAGGUACCGCUUUGGUUUCUCGAACAUGGGGUAACACUGCGGGAGGACAGCAUUGUGGAUCCGGCGAAUUGGAAGCUUGGGAUCUCUCCAGCUAAGGAAAUUACAGAGUCAGGGAAGGCCGAAUCUGAAGAGGAACUAGAAACAAAUGAGGUUAAACAGCUGCUUGAGGAGAUAAGAGCAGAGAAAAAGUAUCGUUAUUGGGUAGACGAUGUUGUAUGGAAGGAAAUCAUAACCCAUGUACAAGCCGGACUAAUGCUACCCAAAGCAACUUACCUAGAUAGCUUCGCUUCUAUGAAGUCGAAUUGUCUCCUUCACUUUCCAAAAGAAGGUGGGAUCUACUUCUUGGACGCAGUGGUGGAGGCUGUAGCAUCAGACGUUGGGGCGGAUCUCGUACGGAUUGACGCCCAGGAUCUGGAGGAGAUAGCUGGUGAUUUCUUGGGUGACUCACGGCAUUUAUCAAACUCUCCUGGAUUUUCGUCUCACGCAAUCCGCUCCAUAGGGUAUGACGCCCAACUCGCCUCUUCCCUCUCGAAGGAGGUUGAGGAAACCGAGGAAGACGUCGAGGAAACCGAGGAAGAGGAAUACGAAGAGGAAGAAGAACAUGAAGCAGAGCCUGUACCACCGAAAGGGUUUCCUUCACAGCUCAUCAGCAAUCUUCCUGAGCCUCUAAAGCAGCUUUUGAUGUCUGGGCGAUUGGCAGGAGCAACUGUAAUUCCAAUUUCUUCCCUUAGCGUGCCAGGUCUUGGUAAAACGCAGGAAACUCUUUCGGAUCAUUCGAACGAGAAAAAAAUGCAAGCACUUUUAGAAGCCCUGAUAACCGCGGCUCAAAAGAAGCGUGCAGCAAAAUCUUCUCUCUCUAUUACGGGUACAUCAACUUCAGAAACGCCGAAAGACAUUAAAGAAAAUACGAAAGAAACCAUAAAAACACAGCGCCAGUCAAGACCAAACAAAACAAUAGUUCAUAUCCGCGACUAUCGCGAACUAGAAAGAACUAAUUCCGGAGAUGCGGUAAUUCGUAUGCUUCAUGAUAUAGUUCAACGACGGCGCCGAGAUGGCGAAAAUAUCAUAAUUCUAGGCACAACGUCGAUGGAGGAAACUUCAGAAAACCUCACAAAAUCAGGUUUACGCUUGAUACAGUCUCAACCCGAGGAUUCCUAUGAGAGGACGAUUCUUGUCCCCCCUCACCUUUAUAACGUUUUGAGCGAUGUUUUCAGGGUUGACAAAGAAGCUCGGAUACGAGAGGUCAAUAUCCGUCACCUACGAGAUGUGAUCCGAAGGAGAAGUGGAGAUACAGGCCAGGAUGUCUCCUUAACUCUCCCCAAGGACUGGCACUUGAAAAAAGACGAGGAUGACACGGUAAUUUCAGGAAUCAAGGAUACCAUUUGGAACUUUGAUCGGGUUCACCGUGUCGCGACAACUGUGCUCGGCCAACGGCUAGGCAAAGGAGGAGAGAUUGGAAUCCAAGAAAUUAAACAAGCUGCCGAACUUCUCGACAAUAGUGAUGCAAUAAAGUUUGCUUGGGCCUCUGAUGAGCGUCUUCGACAAAAAACAAUGAAGGAAAUCGAAGAAAUGGAUGGUGAACUUGACCCGACAUUCACUAAAGUUAGUGGGGAAUGGAAAAGUACAAAAGUAAAAUUGCCGAAAAAUUGCACGCCACAUGAAAAGAAGCUUCUCGGCGGUGUCAUCAACCCUGAGAAUAUUCAUACAGGAUUCUCCUCAGUCCGAGCCCCAGAGGAAACUAUCGAGGCUUUGAAAACAUUAACCUCAAUGUCACUCAUAAGGCCAGAGGCGUUCAAGUAUGGUGUUUUAGCAACAGACAGGAUACCGGGGGUGUUAUUAUACGGCCCCCCCGGUACUGGUAAAACUUUGUUGGCGAAAGCCGUCGCCAAAGAGAGUGGAGCUACAGUUCUUGAAGUCAGUGGGUCAGAAAUCUUUGACAUGUAUGUUGGUGAGGGUGAAAAGAACGUUAAAGCCAUCUUUUCACUCGCCAAAAAACUCUCUCCUUGUGUUGUCUUCAUAGAUGAAGCCGACGCAGUCUUUGGCAGCCGCCACAGUCACUCAACUAGAACUGCCCACCGCGAGAUCAUCAACCAGUUUCUAAAAGAAUGGGCUGAUCUAACAACCACUGCUUUCAUAAUGGUUGCUACAAAUCGACCCUUCGACCUUGAUGAUGCAGUUCUCCGUCGCCUUCCCCGCAGAAUCCUUGUUGACCUUCCCACCCGCGAUGAUAGGCUUGAGAUCCUCAAGAUUCACCUUGAGGGUGAAGUUCUAGCGCCCACUGUAUUACUAGAGUCCAUUGCAGACCAGACAAACCUUUUCUCUGGAUCUGAUUUGAAGAAUAUCUGUGUUUCUGCCGCACUUGCCUGUGUCCGCGAGGAAAAUGCUGAUGCUGCAAAGGCAAAGUCCGCUGGCGAGGAAUAUCAAUACCCCGAGAAGAGACUGUUAGAGGAUCGCCACUUCGCCAAGGCACUUGAGGAGAUCAGUGCCAGUAUUAGCGACGACAUGUCCUCUCUCACAGAGAUCAGGAAGUUCGAUGAGAAGUUCGGAGAGAAGAAGGGAAAGAAGAAGAGAAAGGCGAACUGGGGAUUUGGAAUGGGUGCUGAUCAGCCACAGUCUGAGGGUACGGGUAGAGUAAGGGCAGAUUGA